AUGGAUCUCGUGGAGUUGGGAGACAUGGGCUGUGGAGAUAGAAACUGUGUCCUCGCGUCAGGCUCCCCGGAGGAGUGCUCCAACCAAGAAAGCCAGUGGGAGGAACCUAUGUUCGGAUUGAUUGAGUUAGUUUGUGUUACUGCGAUCUACAUUCCACUGAUGCUCUUUGGCCUUCUUGGAAACAUACUCACAAUCCUGGUGGUCUGGCUUCGUCCGCACAUGAGAAGCUCGACCUACCUCUACCUGAGCAGCAUGGCUGUCAGUGAUCUGUUGAUUCUCCUGCUGCUGCCUCUGGAUCUGUAUAAGCUCUGGAGGCCCAGACCCUGGCCCUUGGGAGACCUUGUCUGUAAAGUGACCAUGUUCCUCUCAGAGUGCUGCACCUUCUGCACCAUCCUCCACAUCACCUGCCUCUCCCUGGAGAGGUACCUGGCGGUCUGCUGGCCGAUCACAGCCAAGACCGUGGUGACACGCCGCAGAACCAGGUCUCUCAUUGGCUGCCUCUGGCUGGGCGCAGCCAUCAGCGCAGCACCAGUGCUGGUCAUGGUUGGAGUGGAGGAGGUUGGCGGAGAGGAACAGGGGCUCGGCGGAUGGGGGGAGGGUGCAGGCUGGACGGGCAGGGAAGGAGAACAGGGUGCAUUUAUGAUAGAUGCAGGGGAAACAGGAAGUGGACACCUGACAUCGAUGGAUGGAGGAUUGGAGGGAGGAAAGUGGGAACAAAAAGGGACAAAGGGAUGGAGGGAAAGAGUUGGGGAGUUGAACUUGUUAAGAGAGGAUGGGGACAGAAAACUGGGAACAGGAGUAACCGAUGACAAGAAACAAGGAGACAGAGGAGAAAUGAAAGAUGACAAGCAGGCAGACGAGGGAGGAGGUGAAAAAGAAGGAAAGAUGGAAGUUGACGGAAUGCAGCUAAAUAAAAUGAGAGAAGAUGAGGGGGGAGGAGGAGGAAGGGAAGUGGGCGUUGAUACAGGGAGCGAGACUGACAAGAGCGAGUGCCGCUGCACGCACUACGCCGUCUCCUCUGGCCUGUUGUCGGCCAUGAUGGUUCUGUCCAACUUGUACUUCCUGGUACCACUCUGCAUCCUGGGACUGGUCUACAGCCUGAUUGGACGGACCCUGUGGCUCCGCCCGCGAAGCAGCCGUAGAGACCAGAGUCACCGGCACACUGUCAAAAUGCUGGGAGUGAUUGUCUUGGCCUUCGUCCUGUGCUGGCUGCCCUUCCACGUCGGCCGGACCAUAUUCUCUCUUUCCCUGGGCACCAGUGCUGAAAGAGAGGAGACGUCGCCUCACGUGGACGCGAACCCGCACAUGGACACAAACCCGUCCCCCGACAGCGCCGGCAACACGCGCCCUGCCACAAAGCCCAUGAGACACUCCGACUCGGAGGCGCGCUUCACCGGAACAGCGACUGCACGUGCUCACGCGGAGAGAGAUGAAACACUCAGUGACGCCUGUACAAAGACCAAAGUCGACAUCAGCAGACACAGGGACAGAGAAACCGAAACGCGCACAGGCGCACAGGUAAAUUCGAGCACACCCAGACCCUCGCAUUCUCGUGUCACACCGCACUCCAGAGGGCAGCACGCCGACACUGGCGAGGGCGCACGCGGCUCGGAUCCGUGCGUUGAAACGGAUUCACGUUCAACUACACAGACUGGGGCACGCAGCGGACCAGGACGUGUUGACACACAACCGAGCCAAUUUGCAGACGGCAGAGACACAAAGAAUCAAACGUGCAACAGCACAAACACUACUUCACGUGAGAACCUAAACAGGUCAUCCGUUUGCACGAGCUCACGAAACGCGGGCCCGACGGCAGGCGCGGACACGCACGUGGUGACGCCCGCCGACGUACACAACGGCACACACAGUGACACACGCUUGUAUUUUUUAUACUAUCUGUCCCAGUAUUUCAACCUGGUGUCCUCGGUUCUCUUCUACCUCAGUGCAGCUGUCAACCCUUUACUGUACAACCUGAUGUCGGCCCGAUACCGCCGCGCCGUACACAGCCUCGUGCGCACACGCUGCCGCGCAGAGUCUCACCGGCUGCGCGCGCCGCUCGCCGCGCGACACUCCACGACCACUUUGUGAGGACAGAUGCGCGACACAGAGACGUAGGCACACACAGCAUGCAAACAACAACAAAAAAAAGCAGGUUGAAAAUAGAUAUUAGUGAUUAGUAUCUUUGCACUGCAAAGAGCAUGAAAGAUGUAAAUCCCAGACUGCAAACGUUUCAUUGAAAGACUUUUGUGUACAAAUCAUAAAGGGGCCAUUUCAAGGGGCAACAUCGAUUCAUUGAUGCUUUUCUGCCGAUGUCAGCAACAUUGCUGCUGUAGAGAGCAACACAAAAUAUGACAAUUAUUACUGUUAUUCAGUCUAAUGCGUCCAAAUGAGAUGAGCUUGUUGUUGUUGUUGUUGUUGUGGUGGUUGUUGUUUUGGUGGCAGGGCUACCCUGUUAUUUAUACCUGGGUCAUGGUUUGUGCCUUUAAGCAUAGCGGCCGCUAUGACACGGCGAACCCACAUAUAUAACAAACGAUAUUAAUAAGGGCUGGAUUACAUUUAGCCGCACCGGAGAUUGAGUCCUGGUGUUGUGCAGUCUGACAAUCUCGUUUACUGGUGCCAAUAAACGGAACAUUUGUCACGUGUUAAGUUAUUUGAUACCCCAGAGCUUUUUCCUGCUUGCCAAUAAAAAGUCUCGUAGCUUUGCCAGCCUAAGGGACAAGUAUGGA